UUCAACACGGAAGAAGUAUGACGACGAAGAUGUUUCCGGCAGCACCAAACAACUACACACGUGUAGGCAGUGCUUCAACUGGUUUUGAAGAAGCUCAAACAUGCCGAAAGCGCAGAAGGGAAAAGCUCCGGAGAAGAAAAAAGUGGUCCACCCGUACAGUCGGAAGGCUGCUUACCUAGCCCGAGAAGAGAUCCGAUUAGAGAAAAAGGAUAAACAGAAGACUGAGAAAGCUACUCGUCUUAAUAGUAUCGGGGAAAAGCUGCUGUGGUUCCAGGGCCAGCUGGACUCUACAAAGACAACUUACAACAAACAGGAAGCCUGUGACAUUAUAGAAAGGUACCUUCACAGAUUUGACUCGGAAUUGGAGCAGAUCGAGCUUGUUAACGGGAUCAAAGGAAGACAAGGUCGUCUACACGGCGCCCGGGAAACCGUUAUCAUGCAGACUGUGGAACGUGAGAGGGCUCAGUUCGAUGGCAACGGUUUUGAGAUUCCAGAUCUCAUCAACUCCAAACAUCUGAAGACUUUCAGUGCGUGGAGCGGUGACCUGAAAAAACUUCCCAACAUCAAGCUACGGAAGUUCUCCAGCAAAGAGGCUAAGAAAACGAAGGAAGAGGAUGAGAAGGUAGCAGAGGGAGAAGAGGAAGAGGAUGAGAAGGUAGCAGAGGGAGAAGAGGAAGAGGAAGGUUCAAUAGCAGACUCUGAUUCAGAAGGACAGCCGGAAGACUUGUAAAUACUUUGAAUUUCAGAGACUUAGGGACCUCUAUACAGCAAAACGAGUUACUCUACAGUUUGAGGAAUGAAAAGACUGCAAAAUCUUCACCCAGCCUGAAGUUUGAUGAGGGGCUGUGUAGGUGAAACUCUAUUUUAUUAUUGGUAAGCGUGUUUGUGCUUGUAUGGAAUAUCAAUAAAACGUGGGCAGUGCGGUGUACUGCAGUACCAAGGCUGUCCAGCAGAUGACAGCAGUCAACGAGUUGGAUUCUAGUUGUCGGAAAAUUAACCGGGAUAUGUGCAUGCAAACGUGUCAAAGAAAUGUAUUGUUGGAAUGAUGGUAUACAUUCAGUGCUUUAUUGCAAACAGGUACAUAUGCUAUUUGAAUAAUCUUGUAUUUUACUCAACUCAGAUGAUUAUAAAAUUUAGCGAAACCCAGAAAAACAAAUGGAAUUUUCUCAAAUCCUUAAGGUAAUCAAACACAUAAUUUACUUUUUCCCUUUUUCAGCUCAGUGAAAGUAUUAACUGGUAAAAUGUGCCAAUUCAACAAAUGCAUACAAAAGAGGACAUUUGUUGAUAGAUAACAUUAUCUGGCUGUCAAUCUAGAGGCAGAACCCCACAGUGUGUCAAUUAACAAACAAGAACAUUUGAGCAUAAUACAAAACACACUAAUUAUAACUCUGAACCAUUAAAGUGAUUGAUAAAUGCAA